AUGGUUAUACAAGAUGAAAAACUUUUAUUUAUUGCUGUUGAUGAAUUAUUAUAUUGUCAUGAUGUUGUUGGUAAACCUUCAAUGGUACUUGAGCCAACACAUAAUAGACGAUCAUUUGUUGAUGAAAAAAAAAAUCAUUUUCUAUCUAAAAGUAUGGAUGAAUAUAUACAACAAUAUUGGUCUGAUGCUAGAAUUGAAAAUUAUGUUAAAGAAUUUUGGGAAACUUAUGAAGUUGUUAAAUACCAUCAAGAAGCCGUGCCAACACUUAUUCAAUGUGAUAAAUGUUUAAAAUGGCGUUGUUUACCUUAUACUGGUAAUGCUGCACUAUUAACAUAUGCUCAAUUAGAAGCAUGGCCAUAUCCAGAUAAUACUCAUGUUAUGAAUAAUAUGUAUAUACAAAAUUUAAAAAGAAUACCAUUCAAUAAAAUAUUUUCAAAAAUUUUUCAAUUGUUCAGCAAGCGAAAACUUGAAACUAUACCAGAAGGUGAAUUAAAACAAAAAGUACAAAUAAUAGAUACUCAAAAUCGAACAUCAUCAUUAACAAAUAAAAAUAUUUCUAAUGAAGAAAUUUCAUCAACUACAGCUGAUGUUUUUUUAAAUAUAAUUUUUUAA